AUGGCGUCUCACGCCAUUAAAAGUAUUCUCAUGAAGGAAAAGAAUCUUGUGCAGAAGAAAAAGCGAGAAAUGGAUAGUUAUCACGAUACUCCAGAGCCUGUCCUUUCAGAAGUAAAGGAUGAAGCCGCCGUGCGCUUUCAACGUGAACAACUCACUGUUGCUGCCCCUAUGCAAACAAAUAUGUUUCUUUCCUUUAAUAAAAGUCUUGGCCCGCCAUUUCAUAUUUGGCUGGAUACAAACUUUAUUAACUUUUCUAUGCAGAAUAAAAUUGAAAUUGUGGAAGGUUUGAUGGACUGUAUGCUGGCAAAGGUCAUUCCCUGUGUAUGUGAUUGUGUAAUGGCGGAAUUGGAGAAACUCGGAAAGAAAUUUCGAAUUGCUCUGAAGAUCGCACGGGAUAAACGAUUCCGUCGAUUAACGUGUGAAGGCAAAUACGCAGAUGACUGUGUUGUGCGUACAGUGACGAAACAUCCUAUUUACAUUGUGGCUACAUGUGAUCAAGAACUUAAACGGCGACUGCGUAAAAUCCCUGGUGUGCCCAUUAUGUACAUUUCAAAGCAUCGCUAUACCAUUGAAAGACUCCCAGAAGUGUAUGGGGCCCCAGCGUAA